AAAAAGCAAUCAAAUUGUCAGGCCAUAGAACCAGCUUUAUCUAUUGGCUGUUUUUUUUCCCUUUGCUUUAUCAGAGCUCUCUUCUACCAGACACCCUUUCAUAGUAAUGAUUCCAUAGCAUGCCUCCUCCCCACUCCUCCUAUCUUUUCCUCUGAUAAAACUCUUUUCUCAAAGACUUCAAAACCAAACAAAAAAUUUGAAAAAUCCACCCCAUAUAUCUGUUUUUCUUUUUAACAUAUAUAUAUUUGAUUAUUUUCAUGCUUUUGCUUCUUUAACUUUCCCUGUAUAUGUAAGAGUAAAGCCCUGCAACAUAUAGCAGAGGGGAAGGUGGUACAGAAAGUCUUGUGUCUCAGAUCCCGAUAUACUGAUCAAUCAUCUCUCUUACACCAUUAACGAGAAAAGAAAAACUGUCUUUGUUUUCCCUCUAUUUCUCUCUCUUUCUUCCUGCUUAAGCUCCCAGCUUAGUUCCCUCUCAAGCACAAGGGUCUUUCUUCGUGGUCCUUUACUACUUCGUCAUCAUUUCUUUAUAUAUAUUAUAUAUCAAAAUCUUUUUUUUCCUCUUUAGAAAAAACCCUUUUUUGGUUCUUCAGUCCUUAUACACUUUCCCUUUAGUACUUUGUAGAUAAACUUGGGUCUGUACUCUUUAGUGGUUCAAAGAAAUGCAAGAACCAGGGUUAGGCAUGAUGAGUAGUGGUGGGAAUGGUGCAAUUGGAGGGUUAAGCAGUGGUGAAGUGUCUGUUUCCGGUGACCAGAACCGUCAGCUGAAGGCUGAGAUAGCUACUCAUCCACUUUAUGAGCAGCUAUUAGCAGCUCAUGUUUCUUGUCUCCGUGUUGCUACACCAAUUGAUCAGUUGCCUUUGAUUGAUGCACAGUUAGCACAGUCGCAUAAUCUUCUUAGGUCGUAUGCUUCACAGAAUCACCAACUUGGACACUCCUUAUCACCCCAUGAAAGACAGGAGCUUGACAACUUCUUGGCACAAUAUUUGAUAUUGCUAUGUACUUUCAAAGAACAGCUUCAACAACAUGUCAGAGUCCAUGCCGUUGAAGCUGUCAUGGCUUGCCGUGAAAUCGAAAAUAACUUACAAGCUCUCACUGGAGUAACCUUGGGUGAAGGUACAGGUGCAACAAUGUCAGAUGACGAGGAUGAUCUGCCGAUGGACUUCUCUUUGGAUCAAUCUGGCAUUGAUGGGCAUGACUUAAUGGGUUUUGGUCCCCUACUUCCCACGGAAUCUGAAAGGUCUUUGAUGGAGAGGGUUCGUCAGGAACUGAAGAUUGAACUGAAACAGGGUUUCAAAUCAAGAAUUGAAGAUGUGAGGGAGGAAAUUUUACGAAAAAGAAGGGCUGGAAAAUUACCAGGUGACACAACUACAGUGCUGAAGAACUGGUGGCAGCAACACUCAAAGUGGCCAUACCCAACUGAAGAUGACAAGGCCAAACUUGUGGAGGAGACAGGAUUGCAGCUAAAGCAAAUCAACAACUGGUUCAUCAACCAAAGGAAGCGCAACUGGCAUAGCAACUCUCAAUCUGUCACCUCCUUGAAGUCCAAGCGGAAAAGGUAGACAAUAAACUCCAUAAGCAAUGGAGAAGAAGAAACUUUCAACAUGUUGAUGUGACCUCUUGGGGUAAAUAGCUGUGGUCUAACAUUUUGUGAAGGCACUGAAAAGAAUCUGGGAAGUUAGAUGAUUUCAAAAACCAAGUACAGGUUGUAAUAGAUUGACUUUUAUAUGGCUUACAUGUAAGUGUGUAGAUUCAAGUUUCUAACAAAGUAAACAUAUUUCCUGUCAGAAUAUUCUUUUCUUUUGAGAUCUCUCUAAUUUCUAAUAUUCAUAUAUUGAAAAUUUAA